AAGGGACGUGUGGAAUGCACGGUCUCGGUCUCCUUCUCGUAUUUCAGUGCCUGGGACUGUUGCAGGACGUGGAUGGAGACUGCGCAGUCCGGCCUCGCUUCUCAAAGAAGGGUUGCGAAAACAGGGCGCGAGGCACCAUUCGGUCCAUCGCGCUGCUUCUCACAAAACGCACACACACACACACACACACACACACACGGACACGACACGCACGCACACGCUGACUCGUUCGUACGUAUGAUCAUAUAAGUAAAACCGCAGAAGAGGCUGCUGCGCUCUUUCUACACGGGACUCUCUUCACCGGACAAAAGAUGGAGCGUGAACGUUUUUUCCGCCCCAGGCAUCUGCUGAAAGUGUUUCUGCUGCAGCUGAUCGCCUUCCAACAAGCGCUGGCUGCACCUUCGCCCAUCAUCAAGUUUCCCGGGGACGACACGGCGCCGCGGACGGACAAAGAAGUGGCGCUGCAUUACCUGAACAAGUUUUAUGGAUGCCCAAAAGACAGAUGUAACCUCAUGGUGCUUAAAGACACACUGAAGAAAAUGCAAAAGUUUUUCUCCCUGCAAGAGACUGGCGAGAUUGAUCAGAAGACAUUGGAGAUCAUGAAGAAGCCUCGUUGCGGCGUACCGGAUGUGGCCAAUUACAACUUUUUCCCCAGAAAGCCAAAGUGGGAGAAGAAUGCAGUUACAUACAGGAUUUUAGGAUACACUCCAGAUCUGGAUGAGGAAACGAUAGAUGAUGCUUUUUUCCGGGCUUUCAAAGUUUGGAGUGAUGUCACUCCACUCAAAUUCACACGGAUUAUGGAUGGAGAGGCGGACAUAAUGAUCAACUUUGGACGCAAUGAGCAUGGAGAUGGAUAUCCCUUUGAUGGAAAAGAUGGACUUCUGGCUCACGCUUUUGCCCCUGGUGUUGGCAUCGGAGGUGACUCCCACUUUGAUGACGAUGAACAGUGGACACUGGGAGAGGGACAAGUGGUGAAGGUGAAGUAUGGAAAUGCAGAUGGGGAGUUCUGUAAGUUUCCGUUCCACUUCAUGGGAAAGGACUACACAAGCUGUACAUCUGAAGGCCGUGACGAUGGCUUCCUCUGGUGCUCCACCACGUACAACUUUGACGAGGAUGGAAAAUACGGCUUCUGUCCCCACGAACUGCUGUUCACCAUGGCCGGAAAUGCGGAGGGGGCCCCGUGUAAAUUCCCAUUCGCCUUCCAAGGAGAGAAGUAUGAUAGCUGCACCACAGUGGGCAGAGAUGACGGCUACCGCUGGUGUGCCACCACUGAGGAUUAUGAUCGAGACAAGAAGUAUGGCUUCUGUCCAGAGACCGCCAUGUCGACAGUCGGCGGCAACGCAGAGGGAGCGCCUUGCGCUUUCCCCUUCAAAUUUCUGGGCGACAACUACGACAGCUGCACUUCCUCUGGCCGCAGUGACGGGAAGAUGUGGUGUGCCACCACGCAGAGUUAUGAUGAAGACCGCAAGUGGGGGUUCUGUCCAGAUCAAGGAUACAGCCUCUUCCUGGUGGCAGCUCAUGAGUUUGGCCAUGCUUUGGGGCUAGAGCACUCGCAGGACCCCGGGGCACUGAUGGCCCCAAUUUACACCUACACCAAGCAUUUCAGGCUGUCCAACGAUGACAUUAGAGGCAUUCAGGAGCUCUAUGGGGUUCCAACGGACAAGCCGCUACCACCCACCCAGGGUCCGGUUACCCCCAUGGACCUGUGUAAUGAAGACAUUUCCUUUGAUGCGAUCGCCCAAAUCAGGGGGGAGACGUUCUUCUUUAAAGACAGGUUCUUAUUCAGGACAGCCAAUUUCAGGGCCAAAAUCAAUGGACCUAUGCUGCUGGCCACCUUCUGGAGUGAGCUUCCGGAGAAGAUUGAUGCUGCGUAUGAGAACCCGCUGGAGGAGACUACCGUGUUCUUCUCAGGGAACGAGGUGUGGAUUUACAAGGCCAGUACGCUGGAGAGGGGGUAUCCCAAGAGGAUCUCAUCCAUGGGGCUGCCAGCAGACUUACAGCGCCUGGAUGCUGCCUUCUCGUUCAGCAAGAGCAAGAAGACCUACUUAUUUGCUGGAGAUAACUUCUGGAGGUACAACGAAGCCAAGAAAAAGAUGGACCCGGGCUUCCCCAAGCUUAUUGCAGAAUCCUGGAAUGGCAUCCCAGAUAACCUAGACGCUGCACUCAACCUGAAUGGGCAUGGGCACAGCUACUUUUUCAAAGACGGAUACUAUCUCAAACUAGACGACACGAGCCUCAAAAUUGUCAAAGUCGGGGACGUCAAAAUGGACUGGCUGGGCUGCUAAGCACUAAAUGUUAAAUGGUAGGCGCUGGUGCUGUGGGGGCCCUGGUCGGGGUGACCCGCUGUGAGAGGCCACCGCACGCUUCACUACGGCUGGUAACAUCAUAUGUGCUUAAUCACACUUACCAGCGUAUUUUCCUUCUUUAACACGGAAAUUUAAUUCAACGUUUGGUUCUUGUUGUCAAACUGAAUAUAGGUUAUGGAAUGGAUUUUUAAAACUGUAUUAUAUCACUUGUAAUUUAGAUUUUUUGAUAAACUCGUGUUCGACUGGUCUGAUUUAGAUUUAUACUGUUCACCCUGAAAUAACUCGGACUGUAUUUUAUAUGGUAGGAGUGCAAACUGAAACACUGGUACUUGCCUUAUAGUAAACUGGCAUCAGGUACGUCCAUACUGAAGCCAGGUGAGAUGUCGACGUCUUCGCUCCAAAAGACGGACAUUUAUCAUUCUGUGUUUGAUCACAGGUGAAAUGUGUCUUAUCAGAUCAGUAUUAAGUCUCUGUUACUCUUGUUUGUUAAUGUUAAAGAAAGGUUUUAAGGCACGGGUUGCCCAAAGGUUAUGUGUAGUGUGUUGCAUGAUGGAGUCAUGACAGAAAUAUACCAUUAAAGUGUUGUUCAGUAACAACUGA